CGCGCUCUCCAACUCGGCGGCCAUCCGGGCCGAGAUCCAGCGCUUCGAGUCCGUGCAUCCCAAUAUCUACGCCAUCUACGACCUGAUCGAGCGCAUCGAGGAUUUGGCGCUGCAGAACCAGAUCCGGGAGCACGUCAUCUCCAUCGAGGACUCGUUUGUGAACAGCCAGGAGUGGACGCUGAGCCGCUCUGUGCCAGAGCUUAAAGUGGGCAUAGUGGGGAACCUGUCAAGUGGGAAGUCAGCCCUGGUUCACCGCUACCUGACAGGGACCUAUGUCCAGGAGGAGUCCCCUGAAGGGGGGCGGUUUAAGAAGGAGAUUGUGGUGGAUGGCCAGAGUUACCUGCUACUGAUCCGAGAUGAAGGAGGCCCCCCUGAGCUCCAGUUUGCUGCCUGGGUGGAUGCAGUGGUGUUUGUGUUCAGCCUGGAGGAUGAAAUCAGCUUCCAGACGGUGUACAACUACUUCCUGCGGCUCUGCAGCUUCCGCAAUGCCAGCGAGGUGCCCAUGGUGCUAGUGGGCACGCAGGAUGCUAUCAGUGCUGCGAACCCCCGGGUCAUCGAUGACAGCAGGGCCCGCAAGCUCUCCACAGACUUGAAGCGCUGCACCUACUACGAGACGUGCGCGACCUACGGGCUCAACGUGGAGCGCGUCUUCCAGGACGUGGCCCAGAAGGUAGUGGCCUUGCGGAAGAAGCAGCAGCUGGCCAUCGGGCCCUGCAAGUCACUGCCCAACUCACCCAGCCACUCCGCAGUGUCCGCCGCCUCCAUCCCGGCCGUGCACAUCAACCAGGCCACGAACGGGGGCAGCAGCGCCUUCAGCGACUACUCGUCCUCAGUCCCCUCCACCCCCAGCAUCAGCCAGCGGGAGCUGCGCAUCGAGACCAUCGCCGCCUCCUCCACCCCCACACCCAUCCGCAAGCAGUCCAAGCGGCGCUCCAACAUCUUCACGCUAAUGAACCGGCGGCCGGAAGGCUGUUUGCCCAAGGCGACACAGAGGGUUAGCUGGCCGAGCUAGAAUCAGAGCCCAGGCCUCCUCGUCCGCCUUCCGGCUCUUUUUGCGUUACCCCACUGCCGAGGGGAAAAUUCAUGCUUUCCACCCACCGCUGUGAUUGGUUUAACAAAGGCUUAGCCAUCUUUUCCUGGGCUUCACCACGCUGCCUCGUUCCUCCCUCUCAGUCUCGAAAGGGUGCUGACCCGGACCGGGAGAAGAAGGCUGCAGAGUGCAAGGUGGACAGUAUCGGGAGCGGCCGGGCCAUCCCCAUUAAGCAGGGGAUCCUGCUGAAGCGGAGCGGCAAGUCGCUGAACAAGGAGUGGAAGAAGAAGUAUGUGACCCUCUGUGACAACGGGCUGCUCACCUACCACCCUAGUCUGCACGAUUACAUGCAGAACAUCCACGGCAAAGAGAUUGACCUGCUGCGGACAACGGUGAAAGUGCCAGGGAAGCGCCUGCCCCGAGCCACACCUGCCACCGCCCCAGGCACCAGCCCCCGUGCCAAUGGGCUGUCCAUGGAGCGAAGUAACACACAGCUGGGUGGGGGCACAGGUGCCCCCCACUCGGCCAGCAGCGCAUCCCUGCACUCCGAGCGUCCCCUCAGCAGCUCGGUCUGGGCUGGCCCGCGCCCCGAGGGGCUGCACCAGCGCUCCUGCUCCGUUUCCAGCGCCGACCAGUGGAGUGAGGCCACUGCCCUGCCCCCAGGCAUACAGCACCCUGCCAGUGGCCCAGCUGAGGUGCUCAGUUCCAGCCCCAAGCUGGAGCCUCCCCCAUCUCCCCACUCCAACCGGAAGAAGCACCGGCGGAAAAAGAGCACCGGGACCCCCCGACCAGACGGCCCCAGCAGUGCUGCUGAAGACGCAGAGGAAUCAUUUGAGUUUGUGGUGGUGUCCCUCACUGGGCAGACGUGGCACUUCGAGGCCUCGACGGCAGAGGAGCGGGAGCUGUGGGUACAGAGCGUGCAGGCCCAGAUCCUCGCCAGCCUGCAGGGCUGCCGCAGCGCCAAGGACAAGACUCGACUGGGGAACCAGAAUGCAGCUCUGGCUGUGCAGGCUGUCCGCACCGUCCGUGGCAACAGCUUCUGUAUUGACUGCGAUGCACCCAAUCCAGACUGGGCCAGCCUGAAUCUGGGCGCCCUGAUGUGCAUUGAGUGCUCAGGCAUCCACCGACAUCUGGGGGCGCACCUAUCCCGGGUCCGUUCCCUCGACCUCGACGACUGGCCACCUGAGCUGCUGGCUGUUAUGACUGCGAUGGGCAAUGCCCUUGCCAACAGUGUCUGGGAGGGGGCCCUGGAUGGCUACGCAAAGCCAGGACCUGAAGCCUGCAGAGAGGAGAAGGAGCGCUGGAUACGGGCCAAGUAUGAGCAGAAGCUCUUCCUGGCCCCGCUGCCGAGCUCAGACGUGCCACUGGGGCAGCAGCUGCUCCGGGCCGUGGUGGAGGAUGACCUGCGGCUGCUGGUGAUGCUUCUAGCACACGGGUCCAAGGAGGAGGUGAACGAGACCUAUGGGGACGGCGAUGGGCGGACAGCUCUGCAUCUCUCCAGUGCCAUGGCCAACGUCGUCUUCACGCAGCUGCUCAUCUGGUAUGGGGUGGACGUGAGGAGCCGGGACGCCCGGGGCCUGACUCCACUGGCCUAUGCUCGCCGGGCCGGCAGCCAGGAGUGUGCAGACAUCUUGAUCCAGCAUGGCUGCCCUGGGGAGGGCUGUGGCUUAGCACCUACCCCCAACAGAGAGCCUGCCAAUGGCACCAACCCCUCUGCUGAACUGCACCGCAGUCCUAGCCUUCUGUAAGGCCCAGGAAGAGGGCAGAGGGGCUAAAAGGACUCCGUGGCCUGAGGACCCUCCUCCCUGGGAAACAGACAGAGAUGGAGAAGGAGGGACAUGCAGAGAGGACAGAAGAGUGGAAAUUAGGGAGGAGUGUCAAAGGGGUCCGAGGAGAGUUUGGGGAUUUGACCUGCAGCAGAGAGAGGCGGUGAGGUAUUUAGCCCUCUGCUCUAGGGUGCCAUUGAAAAGGGACAGGACCCUUUGGAGGUGCCUGUGAGGAGAGGGGAGCAGGACCUCUCCCUCCUCCAUCCCUACCUCCUGGUGCCAGCCCCCCACAAACCUUCAUCCUAAAAUGGAGGAGGACAGGGCACAGGUUGGGGGUGCUGGGUGAGAGAGACAAGGUGUGAUCUGUGAGUCCCAUGUAAACUUUGUACAUUGAAUAUUUAUGUUUGUGUACAUAUUUGGUGUGUGUGUAUGAUGAGCCAAUAAACCAGACUGUGUGUGUGGCCUUGUUUUCCCCUUUCA